AUGGGCACGAAACAAUCCAAAAAAAAUUUAACGGAAAAUGAUAUUCAAAUGAUAGAAAAACAUACAGGUCUAUCUCGAAAUGAUAUUGAAAAUUGGCAUGCAGCAUUUAUACUAGAUUGUCCUAGUGGAACGUUGAAUAAAGAACAAUUUAUUCGAUUUUAUUCGGAUUUAUAUCCUGAUGCUGCUAAAGCAAAAACGUAUAGUCAAUAUGUUUUUCGAGCAUUCGAUAAAGACAAAAGUGGUUAUAUUGAUUUUUGUGAAUUUUUGAUUGCAUUCUCAAUUGCUGGUAGACAAAAUACAGAUCGUGAACGAAUCACAUGGAUAUUUAAUAUGUAUGACACUGAUCAUAAUGGAUAUAUAGAUAGAAAUGAAAUGAUAGAAAUGUUAGAUGCUAUAUUUGACAUGUUAAAUGUUGAUAGACGUGCAUUAGAAAAUACCCCAGAGUAUCGUGUUCAAAUGAUAAUGACGACUUUAGAUCGUGAUAUGGACGAUAGAAUAUCAAGUGAAGAGUUUAUUGAUGGCGUUUGUAAAGACAAUGUUAUAAGAAAACUGUUAUUACCAGAUUAA